AUGGCAGACAUCGCCCGAAAAGACGUCGAGAUCUUGGUCCACGCCACCGCGCCGAGCAGAGGGCAGGAUGAUACGCGAUACAGAGCACUGGCACAGGCAUACUUGGAUUUUCAGCCAUGGCAACGGGUAACAAUAGUGGAGGAGCUAGCAGACGAUGCGACAUUGGAAAAAGAUACACAGGCGGGCAGCCAUCUUCAGCACGAGUUGCCACGAUCAACCCAGGAGGAUCGGGAAUCCCAAAAAUCGUUUCGCCCUGGGGAUGAGUACAGUAGCGCAGAGGAGGAUAUCUAUGAGUACGAUAUAUUUAGAUGCUCCCAACCCAUCAACUCUCCAGACCUGUCGUUCAACAGCGUGGAAGAUAAUGCGGGCUCUCCUGUGUUUCAAGCUCGAGUUAGCUGUCAUGUUGACGCGCCGGAAGAUGACCAGAAUCAGGAACAUGGAGAGACGGGCUCGUGGCGCGCUCCGCCGAGCGAAAUCGCGGACUCUCAACCCGAGAAUAUCCAAGCUAUGAGUAUCUUUUCUUCUCCAACACGGAUGCUAGAGUUGUAUCUCCAGAACCAGGAGAGCCAAGGAUCAAGAACCACAUCAGACCUCAACAGUCCUGAGAAGCUUAGGCAAUCGAGCAGUCUCGAUCUCCCGGCUCAUAUGAGAGGCGUGCCGUCUCUCUCUCCUGAAAGCAGUCGGAACAAGUCGAGCAGCCUUGAAGUACCAGCGGGGGUGAGAGGACGAGCCUCGUUGUCCCCCGUAGUAAGCCGCAAUACUAGCAGUCUCGAGCUCCCGGCUAGGAAGGGAGGAGAAUCACACUCGUCGCCGAAGACAAGUGACAAAACUACCAGCAGUCUUGAGCUCCCGGGUCCAGUGAGAAGGGAAGCAAGUCCAUUGCCAGAAACCGACUGCAAUAAGACUAGCAGUCUCGACCUCCCAUCUGGGUUACGAGGCGAACUUGACUCAUCAUCAGGAAACGCUCCUAGUCAAUCUUCACCUUCGCCGGUGAAAUGCCCGGUACGACGCUCUGUUCGCCUGGCUCCACCCUCCACGCAGGACCCAGCGCUGGACCUGAAGAGAAAGUGGGCAAAUGCAAACUCCGACGACUCGCAAUCUUCCACUGCUCCACCGACCUCGGCAGGUCGUACUGCUCAACCCUCAAAGUCGACACAGCAUCUGCUCGCCAGGCCUGAAAAACGGCUUCGGAUGGAGUCGCCAGGUGCUCAUGUGAGCGUGAGCCGUCAGCCGGCGCUUCCGUCAAGUAAGCCCAAUCAACCUUCCGUCACGAGCAGCUCCAGCGGCCCGCUCGUCUGGAACGAGAAGCUUGAGAUUCGUCCCAGGCCACCAGCCACUUCUACGGGGGAUCUGACGGCCGAAAUGCUGCUGACUCCUGCCCUGGCCAAUCUCGAGAAGAAGAUGCCACCGUUGCCAAAUCCGGCAUUCCAAAGGCGUACAUUGAGGGAUUUCGAGCGAGGCUACUGGCUUGUGAACUGCGAAGAUUGGAGCGAAGGACGCCGAAACCGAUGCUGGGAGGAGCUUGGAGACUUUAUUGGCAAUGACCGUGCUGGGUGGGGAGUGGGAUUGGUACGCGAAGCGGAUUUUACGUCGUUCAGGAUAUACUCCUUUGGCAAAGUGGCAGUCGCCGCCAGUGAUUGUUUGAUGUUUGGAGAUUACGUUUCUCUAUCUUCCCUUGUCAUCAGAGUCAGCGAUCUCUCCCUCACGGUUACUGGUCACAGCAACACCGGUUUGAAUAAAAGUCCGAUUUUCGUGUUCCUCGCUUAUUCUAGUAUUUACGCGGCAAUUUUGAUAUAUAAGAUAAGAAUAGGAAUAGGAAUGGGAAUGGGAAUAGGAAUGGGCAUAGGCAUAGGCAUAGGAAGGUCUCUGAACUCUUUCCAAUAUGAUAGCCAGCUUGCCCCCUCCCCCUCCCCCUCGAAAGGCUUGGAAGAGAUGAGGGAGAAGGAGGAGGAGGAGAUGAAGGAGGAGAAGGAGGGGGAGAAGAAGAAGCCUAAGACUUAUAGAAUCCACCCAUCUAGACUCGCUGGGAAUAGAUAG